CCCCCCCCCCCCCCCCGUUGACAAUACUGGGGACCAUGCCCGGAGGAAGAACGCCGGGGGACGCGGCCACAACCACUCGCUCUCGCAUCUGACCGCGGCACAAGGAAGCUUCACAGAAGGACGCGAUCUGCCACCCCCUGCUGAGGACCUCAUGGGCCAGUGCCACAGCGAAAAAAAAAAAGAAGGAGGGGGACCUUCUCUCGAGUGUCCCCCGGCAUGCAGAGAUAUCCAACGCGUCAUGUCUGCCUGUCCGGUCGGCUCGGUGGUCGUGGUUCUGGAUUAGCCUCCAUACUCGUCAUUGGGCACACCAUCAUCCCCCCCUAAGCAGAGAAGGUCUCGCAGUACCGAGAGGGGGAAAAUGGAACGGCCAACCACUCGCAGCAACUUACCGCGGCAACAUCUCCCCGUCUUCCGGCAAACGGCCUGGAGUGAUGUGAGGGCUUCACCGAAAAAAAAAAGGAGCACACACGAAGUCCCGGUGGACCCGGCUGUGUCCACAAAUGGGGAGAGGGCAAUCUGUUCACCGCCUCCCGGGGUCGGGAAAUCUCCGAAACCACAGAUCACCCUCAACCCCACCAGGGGGCCAGGGUGGAUGGUCGGCUCCUGACAACAGGCCAAAACACCGAGCGGGAAUGCAGCACUCCAAGAUUGGGGGGCAGCCACCAAGCAUGAGGGGGGCCCUCACAGGCACGCCCUCGUGCGACAAAGAGGCAAAAACACCCGGCCGGCUGAACGGACGGCCAUGCCGCGAGAGAGGGCACAAUGGAGCAUGUCAGACACGAGCGGCCGCACCCACACGCACACAUCCACAUCGAGAGGGAGAGUAAGUGCCAAGCUUUCAUCAAGAUCCGCAUGUGUGCAUCGACAGGAUGCUCUCCCUCCAAACAUGGGGUCCCGGCGACGCCGGCGACGCAAACAUCGCGUCCGCUCUCGCACCUCGCCUGUGUCGCCGGCCAACUCCACUCGGCGCGUCUCCCACAGGGAGAGGCAGGCAUCCCUCAUCGCGCAGAUGUGUGUAUAUAUGCGUGUGUGUGUGUGUGU